AUGGCAUUUAAUAACACAUCUUUCAAAUUUGAUCAAUUCAAUCCAUCAAUACAAUAUCAUAAUCAACAUAAUCAACAACAACAAUAUCAACAAUCUGCAUCUACAUCUACUUCAAAUUUAUCAUCUUUUGAUGAUGAAGAUAUAUUUGAAAUAAAUAUGGAAGAAGAUGAUAAUAUACUAAAUAAUAACUUAAAUGAAGAACAAAAUUAUAAUAACUACACAACAUUAUCAAAUAAACAUUCAUCUAUAUCUUCAAUAUCAUCUACAUCACCAAUAAUAUCAUCAAAACAAUACAGUAAUUUAGAAUCAUCAAUAAUAUCCCCAAUUUUAUCACCAACAAAUAGCUCGUACUACAACAAUUAUUCAAGAUCAUUUGAAGAAGAAGAAGAUGGUGAUCAUUUACUAUAUGAAUGUAUAAUAUGCAAGAAAAAAAUGGAUUCAUUAUCAAGUGAAUUACAUAAUUGUACAAAAAAUUUAUAUUCAACCAGCUCGAACAAUACUGAUCUUACAAUAAAUGAUGAAAAUUUUAAAAAUGAAAAUGAUUUUAUUAUAAAAAAUAAUAAUGAAUUAAUUCAAAAUAAUUAUAGAAAAUGGUUAUUUAAAAUAACUCCUUCUUUUCCUUAUUAA